AUGGUAGUGGCAUGUCUUUUGAGGUCGAGUGCGUUAAAGAAUAUUAAAUCUUUUGUUGAGUUCAGUGAUGAAAUCCCUUUCGCCAAGCCUAUUCCAAGAGGGAAAUCGAUUUCUUUGAGGAGGAAUUCAAUUCCUUUGGAAUUGAAUGAAUUGGGUUCCAGGGGUUUGCAUAUUCCUAGGUGUGAAAAGAAGAGAGAAGGGGAGUUGGUCUUGUGGGAGAAGUCUGAUUUGGUGGGUGGUGGAAUUGGGAGCGGAGAUGAAUUCCAGGGGAUUUCUUGGGAGAACGAGAGGACAAGCGGCGGCGGCGGCGAUUUGGCAAUGGAGAGAGGGAGGGUGAGGUUUAGGAUUGGGGAAGUGGGAGGGGCACAAAAAGGAGGGGUUUGA